CAGACACCCCCAGCAUCCCGGGGCGGGGGCGGUCCGCUGCCUGCCCCGCCUGUGCGGGGCGGUGCGGGGCGGUGCGGGGCGGGUCCCGCGGCCGCCGCCCGCCGCAGACAGCGCGGCGAGGGGCCGCCAAUGCCCGAGACGGAGCCGGGGCUGGUGGCGGUGCGGAGCGCAGCGCAGCGCACCUUGGGCAUGAAUGAAGAAAAUACUUCCUACGAAGAAUAAAAAUACUUGAUGGUGGGAGAAUCUUUAAAGCACCUUUACCUUCAAAGCUGGAGAAGAGUAUGAAGAAACACUCCAUCUGAUUCCCUGAGCAUCUCACAAAGAACACAGAAUGGCUCAUUGCAAAAAAACUGUUGUUAGUGUCUUGGAGGAGUGGUGUUUGAAGGAACCACUGUUUAGUUGCAAACAGCACCAGAAUGUUAGGAAAAAACUAAGACUGAUAAGAAUAAUAGGGCUUCUCGUGAGUGUAGUGGCCAUUAGUACUUUCUCUCUUUCAAUUAGUGCCUUUUUCAAGACAGAACCACAUAGCAAGGUGUUGGCCAGCAGCCUAGAUAGCCAAAAGCAGGUGCAUGGUCACCAAAGAACUCUGUUGGAUUUCAAGGAACAGAAUGAAGACGGUGUUCCAGAUCCACCUACUUCUAUGAAAUAUGAAGCCGAGCAUGGCAAUGCAACAGAUCAUGCCAAGGGAGAGUACCCGGAGGACCUAUUCUCUCUUGAAGAAAGAAGAAAGGGUGCAGUGAUCCUCCAUGUGAUUGGAAUGAUUUAUAUGUUCAUAGCCUUAGCCAUAGUCUGUGAUGAGUUCUUCGUUCCUUCCUUGACUGUCAUCACUGAAAAGCUGAGUAUAUCUGAUGAUGUGGCAGGGGCAACCUUUAUGGCUGCUGGUGGUUCAGCCCCAGAACUCUUCACUUCUUUAAUAGGAGUGUUUAUAUCCCACAGCAAUGUUGGCAUUGGGACAAUAGUGGGAUCUGCCGUGUUCAAUAUCCUGUUUGUUAUUGGAAUGUGUGCUUUAUUUUCUAGAGAGAUCUUGAACCUUACUUGGUGGCCACUCUUUCGAGAUGUGUCAUUUUACAUUGUUGACUUGAUCUUGCUAAUCAUCUUUUUUCUGGAUAACUUAAUCAUGUGGUGGGAAAGCCUAACCCUCCUGACAGCGUAUUUUUGCUAUGUGACUUUCAUGAAGUUCAACGUUCAAGUAGAAGAAUUGGUGAAAAAAUUUUUAAACAGGAACAAGGUUGAGAAGGUUACAGCAGGAGAUGCUGAAGGAAAGUCACCUACUGCUGGCGACAAGGAUGACCAAACACUGACGACCAAGCCACGUCUCCAACGGGGAGGAAGCUCUGCAUCUCUCCACAACAGUCUAAUGAGGAACAGCAUCUUCCAGCUCAUGAUUCACACACUUGACCCACUCGCUGAAGAGCUUGGAUCAUAUGGAAACCUAAAAUAUUAUGACACAAUGACUGAAGAAGGAAAAUUCAAGGAAAGGGCCUCAAUUCUGCAUAAGAUUGCCAAAAAGAAGUGCCAGGUGGAAGACAGUGAAAGACAGAAUGGAGCUGCUAAUCACGAAAAAAGUGCAAAAGUAGAAGUUGCAGUAACACCACCAAGUGAUUCAGGACCAGUGCAGAAUGGAAUUGCCCAUAAUGUUGAAGAAGAGAAUGAAGAGGAUGAGGACCAGCCACUCAGCCUGGCCUGGCCUGACACCCCACGCAAGCAGCUCACCUACCUUGUUGUAUUACCCAUUGUGUUUCCACUGUGGGCUUCACUCCCAGAUGUCAGAAAUCCCAGGUCAAGAAAAUUUUUCCCUAUCACAUUUUUUGGCUCAAUCAGUUGGAUUGCAUUUUUUUCUUACUUAAUGGUCUGGUGGGCACACCAGGUUGGAGAAACCAUUGGUAUUAGUGAAGAAAUCAUGGGAUUGACUAUUUUAGCUGCUGGCACAUCCAUUCCUGACCUUAUUACCAGUGUUAUUGUAGCACGCAAAGGUCUGGGGGACAUGGCUGUAUCCAGUUCUGUUGGAAGCAACAUAUUUGACAUCACAGUGGGGAGGAAUUUGAAAGUCAUCAGCUGGAAAGCUGGAAGGACAGCUGGCAGCUGCUGCAAACCAGUGACUGGAUGCUCAUGGUCUGUCCCAGCUCAGCACCACCAGAAGGCACACCACUUGCUGGGACACUCUUAUUUCACACUGAUAGCGAAUUUAGCAAUGGUUGAAUUGCUAUGCUUUAACAGUAGUAUCACUUCAGUAUUCUCCCUUCGAAUUCACUGACUGUUUUUCCAGUAAAAGGUGUUUCCCAUUGUUCAUAGCUGUUUCACUGUUGGAUCUGUCAACAUUUCUCAGAACUGUACAUCUGGAAAUCAAAAUUAAAUUUCUGUUUUAGUCAGGCAAAGUUUUGAAUGACUUCAUUAGAAAACUGGUCCUGCAAUCUGCCUGAGUUCUGCUGUGCACUAAUCAGCAUAGAAGUCUUCUCAUGCACCUGUAUGCCUACUCCUAUUUAUUCAGUUGAUGUCUGCAUAAUACUCAUGAAGCAUAUACAUAUAAAAUAGAAAUUGGUGUUACAGUAAAAAUCCUGUUAUUGCUUAAUAUUUUCUGGCCAACCCCAUGUUGGCAACACCUGUAGUAAGGUAAGAGUACAGGAUAAGACUUCAGUUUAAGUAGACACCUCUCCAUAGCACCACACCUGAACAGAGCCAGUGUUGGAUAUGGGUUUUGGAAUGGAUUUCCAGUAACAUUCUAGUAUGAUUAUGGAUCAGAUUAUAACCUGUUGUAAACAUUUUUGGCACUGUCUUCAUUGGAAUUAAAGAAGAAAAUGGGCUUCACCUGCAAAACACCAUUGAAGUCCUGCAAGAAUUUACUGUUUUACACACAACCACAGCAAAGCAGACCAAACAAAAGCCCACUUCCUCUUGCAUAAGCCACCAUGGUGGAAUCUUGUAGGGUAGAUGCUAUAGAAGUGUAAUAUGAAGAUGGUUUCUUCAAGAACUACAUGUAGACAUGGGAAAAUUUUUCAGCAAAUUUCUGGGCAUUUUAAAAUUAUCUAUUCUACUGAGAGUUAGUGUUUUUGUGUAGUGCAGACAGGCUUUCUGUGCCGAUAUGCCUAUGCUUAUUUAUUCAAUAGAUGUUGAUGUCUGCAUAAUCCUCAUGAACCAUAAAGCACAGUGGGAGACAAAGAAACUUAUCUAAAUGUCAUUUGAUGUUUGUACUGGCAAUGAACUUGCUAUGUAUUUUCCAUAUAUGCUACUCUGAAGUAGUUUAUGGUAACUGUCACUCAUGGUACUGUUGUGUGUGGAUAUGAAGGUCCAUAAAGAGGUAGGUAGAUUAAACAUGUGGUUAAUCUAUACUAUAAGAAAUAGAUGCUUAGAAAUAUUUUUAAUGUUUGGGCGUUUUUUAAGGGAUUAUUUCUCUGGUUGUCUUUUAUUUCAUUACAUAAUUAGAGAAAUAGGGAAAAACAUUUUUUUAAUGCUUCUCCUUUCAGCAGUAAUUCCUUAAGGUAGCAUCUUGUGUCCCAUCUUGGGUUCUAAAUCAAAUAUGAGUCUGGAUCAAAUAGAUUUAUUUAAUUUAUAACAAAGAAAUAAUCCCUUCUCCAACAACUGGCCCACUGACAUCCAGAAGCUUUCUGCCAUUUACUUGGACAAGAUACAGAUUUUUAUCCUAGGAUAAAAAAUAAAUGCUCCCAUGUAACAUGCAGAAUUGUCCUAGGAGCUAUGUUCAAGGAGAAAAAUUGCAUUCACUUGUAUUCUUUGAAACCAUUUUACCUCUUGUAAAUAACAAUGACACAGCUAACUGAGAAAGAGGCAUGGUUAGCUCCUCUGAGCAGGCGAGUCUUGUUUUCCGGCUGUUCCUGAGAAGUUUAAUGUGAGAACUUGUAGGUGAAGACAUAUCUGCAGAAGGUGAUUGCCAGAUUAGCAAAUGGGAUAGUUUGCACUGAAUGGUGCAGAGUCCUGCUGCAGCUCUCCAACAGGGCGCCUGGCUGAUGUUACAAAUGUUCCUUCUUGGAGCUGUUGCUAUCAGUUAUGGUAGCAACUUAUGUUGCUGUCAGUUACCAUUGCUGAGAUACCAGUCAUUUCCUUUGGGACUGGGGAGUGUAACUUCCAGACUGAAGUUAUACAAUUUCUUGCACCAUCAGAUACCGAAGUCAUAUAUGAAUCACAGCCCUGUAGUCUAGACAAAUCAUGUGGACCUGCUGUGUGUUGCUAAUUGACAGUGUAUGGCAUCUCAGGACUUGUCUGCCUGGGUGGGUGCAGGCAGCUUGCACGCCCUCCUUGCUCGAACUCCAGCAUGGCUGGACAUAAGCCAUCUCUUCUCCAGAAGCCAUGUAACCACCUGAGCGUGGCGCUGAGCUGUGCUCCCAGCCAGCCAGAUCUAAGUCAGCCCCAGCCUAGAAGCCAUGUAACAACUUGGGUAGACCAAAUGCACAGCUGGCCACAUCGGUCCCAAAUGAGCCAUUAGCAGCCCAGGACAAGACUGAGUAAGAAAUGAUGUGAGUUGAAAAUGGCAAAUGAACUUUACAUUCAUGUAGACUUAUUGUGAAUUCACCCCUCAUCAAAUGCAAAAUCAAUCUAAACUAUGAAAUUUGUAUGCGUUUUUAAAGAUCUUGCACUUUACUACUUUUUUUACUUUUAUUUUAUGUCACAUAGUUGUCUUAAUGCAAAAAGAAGCCAUAAAAACCCAGAAGACUAGCUUUGGGUUUCUAAAUAAGGGGAUAAUUAAUUUUAAGGUGAAGCAUCCAUUUCACAUCUCUGUUUAAGGUAUGAUGUAAAAUACUAUCAAACAAUGUACAGUAAAGCAGGAUCUGGUUUUGCCUUAGUGAAGCUGUGAGUAAAUCAGAGGGAGUUUGCUUAUACUCUUGAGAUUCCCUGUGAGACUGUACAAAACGCUGCACACUGCCUUUGCAGCAGGAGCUCAGUCCUGCCAUCCUUGUUCACCCCAGAAGAGGGAAUACAGUGGUCACAGAGUCAGGCCCAAUGACAGAAUUAAAUCUUCCUGUCACUCUAAUACUUUCUCCCACUGAGAUCACUGUAAAGGAAAUCCCUUGUAUAUUAGUGAGUUUACAAAAGUUGUAUAAUUUCUGUCACAUCUUUUUUACAAAGAAAUUAAGUAUUUUAGGGUCAGGCUAUAUGAUACUAAUCAGGCACUUCUUUUAAUCCCCUGUAAAAAUCAAGUAAUGGCAAAGGGAUUUUGCUUGGUUUUGUGUUCAUUUCCAUUACCAAGAUCUCUGUUACACAGUCCUAAUUUUGCAGUUCUGACUCUGGGGAAUUGACUCAUGUGAGUGAAAAUUAUUUCUGUCAUAAAGGUGGCAAGAUCAAGCCUCUGUAUUGUCUUGUGAAAGUAAUAGAAGCAUGUUAUAACUGACAAUCAGAUGCUAUUUUUGUAAUGAAGUUUUCUUAGCUUGAUUGUUUCACUUUGUAGUUUUCAUACUCUUCCAUCUCUCAUUUUCAACUUAUUGAGAGAAAAAUGUGAAGUCCCCCAUCUUAUUCAUUUCAAACUUAAAAUAAAUAAAUAAAUAAAUAAAUAAAUCUAUUACUGUGGAAGCUGGUCCAAGUGACCCCCAGAAAAUUCCAGUUUUUCUCAUGUGUUUAUGCUUAUGGAUCAUCACUCACUAUAUGAAACUCUCUUAUCUCUAAAUUGGUGUAUUCUCUGUGCGUAUAAGUUUGUACAUAGUAUGGAGGUUAUAUUUAUUUGUACAUAGGCUCUCGGAAAUAAUCCCUUCUAUCAAAGGUCCUACUUCUCUCUAUCUACAGAAUGUUUCACUGUGUUGUGUACACUUUUUCACAUAAAUGUAUGAACCUUAUAAUACUGAUACAGAGUUCUUCAUAUAAGUCACUCUAAGUAAUUAAGUUGUCUAAGUGUGGAUAACAACAUCAACAAUAAACAAUAAUAAUAAACAAUAAUAAAAAAGA